AUGCAAAGUACGGGUGUUAGAGGAAAUCUUCAAUGUGACAACAACCCUGCUUCCGGUGUUGUAAGUUAUCUUUCAAUGUAUAUUACACUACUGUAUCGCGCUGAAGAAGUCGUUCUUGCAACUUUCAAAAUUUUAGAUGAUCCGCUUGUACGAUGAAGACCGAACUGAUUUGGACGAUCUUAUGAAGGAAGGACUAACAGACAAAGAUGGUACUUUCCAAUUGUUGGGACACGAAACAGAAAUCACCAAGAUUGACCCCAAGAUCAACAUGUAAGGAAGAUAAACAACUAACGACACGUUUCAGUUAUCACACUUGUGGCCAUACUGGUCCAUGCAAGAGAAAGUUGACCAUCUACAUUCCCGACAACUACAUCAGCGAAGGAGAAACUCCAGGAAAGAUCUUCGAUAUUGGACGUCUGAAUCUGAAUGCCCGUUUCUCAGGCGAGUCCAAUGAUUGUAUUCAUUAG